CCGCUGCGGUUCCAUCCUUCAGCGUGAGGUGCCGCAGGUGUUCGGCGCUGGGUCCGAGGCCGCAGAUUGUGGGUCUAGUGAUAUGCUUUCCUAAACAGUAGAAAAGUUGAAGAUGUCUAGACAGAACUUAGUGGCUUUGACAGUGACCACCCUGCUGGGUGUGGCUGUGGGGGGGUUUGUACUGUGGAAAGGCAUCCAGCGCCGAAGGAAUAAGAUGAGCCAUGUGACCCAGCAGCAGCAGCAGAGAGUGCCAGGCUGUAGAGAGCAACCUCCUCCUGAAGAGGACCAGCUGUCCAGUGCCCCCAGAGUCUCGUGGGAGGAGAGAAUCCUCAAAGCAAAGGUGGUGAUGGUGUCUCAGGAGGCAGAGUGGGAUCAAAUCGAGCCCUUGCUUAGGAGUGAAUUAGAAGAUUUUCCAGUACUUGGAAUCGACUGUGAGUGGGUGAAUUUGGCAGGCAAAGCCAGUCCUCUGUCACUCCUACAAAUGGCCUCCUCAAGUGGUCUUUGUGUUUUGGUUCGCUUGCCCAAGCUGAUCUGUGAAGGAAAAACACUACCAAGAACGUUAUUGGACAUUUUGGCAGAUGGCACCGUAUUAAAAGUUGGAGUGGGAUGUUCGGAAGAUGCCAGCAAGCUUCUGCAGGAUUAUGGCCUUGUUGUUAGGGGGUGCCUGGACAUCCGAUACUUGGCCAUGCGGCAGAGAAACAAUUUGCUCUGUAAUGGGCUUAGCCUGAAAUCACUCGCUGAGGCUGUUUUGAACUUUCCCCUUGACAAGUCCCUUCUACUUCGUUGCAGCAACUGGGAUGCUGAGCAUCUUACAGAGGAUCAGGUAAUUUAUGCUGCCAGGGAUGCCCAGAUUUCAGUGGCUCUCUUUCUCCAUCUUCUUGGAUACCCUUUCUCUAGGAAUUCACCUGUACAAAAAAACGAUGACCACAUUGGCUGGAGAAAAGUCUUGGAGAAAUGCCAGGAUGUGGUAGACAUCCCAUUCCGAAGCAAAGGAAUUAGCAGAUUGGGAGAAGAGGUUAAUGGGGAAGAAACAGAAUCUCAGCAGAAGCCAAGAAAUAAGAAGUCUAAGGUUGAUGGACCGGUGUCAGGCAACCAUGAAGGGAGAGACCCCAGAAGACAUAAAAGAAAGCCCUUGGGGGUGGGCUAUUCUGCCAGAAAAUCACCUCUUUAUGAUAACUGCUUUCUCCAUGCUCCUGAUGGACAGCCCCUCUGCACUUGUGAUCGAAGAAAAGCUCAGUGGUACCUGGACAAAGGCAUUGGAGAAUUGGUGAGUGAAGAGCCUUUUGUGGUCAAACUACAGUUUGAACCCGCAGGAAGACCUGAAUCCCCAGGAGACUAUUACUUGAUGGUUAAAGAGAAUCUGUGUGUAGUGUGUGGCAAGAGAGACUCCUACAUUCGGAAGAAUGUGAUUCCACAUGAGUACCGGAAGCACUUUCCCAUUGAGAUGAAGGACCACAACUCCCAUGAUGUGCUGCUGCUCUGCACAUCCUGCCAUGCCAUCUCCAACUACUAUGACAAGCAUUUGAAGCAGCAGCUGGCCAAGGAGUUCCAGGCCCCCUUUGGCUCUGAGGAGGGCUUGCGCCUGCUGGAAGAUCCUGAGCGCCGGCAGGUGCGUUCUGGGGCCAGGGCCCUGCUCAACGCAGAGAGCCUGCCUGCUGAUCGAAAGGAAGAGCUGCUGCAAGCACUCAGAGAAUUUUAUAACACAGACACGGUCACAGAUGAGAUGCUGCAGGAAGCUGCCAGCCUAGAAACCAGGAUUUCCAAUGAAAACUAUGUUCCUCACGGGCUGAAGGUGGUGCAGUGUCACACGCAGGGUGGGCUGCAUUCCCUCAUGCAGCUGGAGAGCCGCUGGCGUCAGCACUUCCUGGACUCCAUGCAGCCCAAGCAUCUGCCCCAGCAAUGGUCAGUGGACCACAACCAUCAGAAGCUGCUCCGGAAAUAUGGGGAAGACCUUCCCAUCAAGCUAUUGUGAUAGUUACUUUCUUCCCAGGUUAGGACAGAUGGGCAGCUGGAGCCAAGGUUGAAAAGUCACCACCUCCUGUUUUAAUACAUCAUUAAUUGUCAAAGCCUAGGUGACACAACUCAGAGUACUAACCUGUACUAAUCCCAGGAUGUUUCUGGUGAAGCAAGGCUAUUGUUUUAAAGGAAGCUUAUGGUUUUGAAUCUUAAUUGGCUAGGGUCAGUAUUCUUUUUUCCUCCCUUUUAUUUUUGUGGACAAGAGAGACCUUGGCCUUUAUUUUUACUCUCCCCCUUCUGCUUUCCCUGUGCAGAGGGAAGAUGAAGAAUUCUCCCUGAAGUGACUUGUCAAGACUCUCAGAAAAAAAUUUUAAUACAUUUCUUCCUCAUCCAGUAUGUUGGUUUAUCUCUAACAGGGGCUGUCCAGAAUGUCAAUCCUGUCCAGUCAGGAAGGGAGAAGAAGUUCUUUCAGAGGUUGGAGAAGUGAACAAGAAGUCAGAUUCAUUUUCCCAAUUCAACAUCAUGAUUGUAAUUUCUUUGGCUUAAUGCUGUCCCAUAACUUAUUUGGUUGGGAUGCAUCUCAUCUAGGUUGUUUCAGUUUAUUUCACAUACUUGAAAAUGGUCCCCUUUACCCAUCGAGGACCAAAGCAACAACUUCCUGCCAUGUGCUUCCACCCUAACACUGGGGAAAUCCUUUUCUGGAAAUAAGCCUCUAACCUGGGUGGGGCAGAGAGAGCCAUAAACACCAUCUCCCAACAGAACUUUGGUUGUUUGCUCAGAUUUUUCCUUCCUCCUGUCUGUUGCCUGCUUGUUGUCUCCUCCUGCCCAGAACUGUGAGGUUUUUUACCUUAAUCCCUUUCGGAGGAGAAGAUGAUCUUUUCUCAGACUCAAUAUCAGCUCCUGUGAAGGUUAAUUCUAGGUGUUAACUUGGUUAGAUGAAGGAAUGCUGAGAAACCUGGUAAAGCUAUCUUUUUAGGUGUGUCCAUGAAGGUGUUUCCAGCAGAGAUUAGUAUGAGAGUCUGAGUGGACUGGGUAGGAAAGACCCACCCUUGAUGUGGGUGGGAGCCAUCCAAUUUGCUGGGUGUCCAGAGAGAACAAAAGAUAGAGGGAAAAGGUGAAGCUCUCUCUGUCUGCUGGAGCUAGGAUGCACUCUUCUGUUCAUGGACAUCAGAGCUUGCAACUCUUCAGCUUUGGGUUCCAGGACUUACACCAAGGACACCAUCAGCUUCCCUAGUUUUGAGGCCUUUGGACUUGGCCUGAGCUACACUACCAGCAUCCAGUUUAUAGAUGGCUUAUCGUGGGACUUUUCUUCACAAUUGUGUGAGCUAAUUCCCCUAAUAAAUCCCUCUCGUAUAAUUAUAACACAUCCUAUUGAUUCUGUCUCUCUGGAGAACCCUGAAUAAUUCAGCUCCCUUCAGUGUAUCAUGAGAUUUGCAGCACUGACUUCAUUUAAGCACUUAGUUCACUCCCAGAGUCAUUUGGUCAGGUUGCACUGUGAGGACUUCUCCAUCUCCUCUGAAGCCUGGGAGACCGAGAUUAAUUAAUACAUAGAUGUCCACAAGGGUGGGGUUUCAUCUUUCAAAAUGUAAGACCACCACUUUGAGUAUGAGAUCAACUUCUUAGUGAUUAGUAUUUUUUCUAAAGUAUUAGGAAAACUUUCUUAUUUUACAAGAUCUUAACAAGCUUAAAGAAGAAUUUUAUGGUCAGAAUUCAACAAGAACUCUACUUUGGAAUUGUGCCCAAGUUGGUGAUGGUUGUUCUAACAUUGAUAAAUAAAACUUCUAAGCACAAGGCUCACUGA